UCCUGAGAACGACACAAACAGGCUUCAUUCUGUGGCGUCUGCACAGAGAGGGAAGGAUGAAGUUUUUGGAGCUGUUUGGGCGUCUGAAAUCCGUCGUUAUCGGAAUGAUCCACGUGAAAGCGUUGCCAGGUAGCCCACUGGGCUCUUUGAAAAUGUCUGAAAUCAGCGAGGCGGCGUGCCGGGAGGCAGCGAUCUACAGAGACGCGGGGGUUGAUGGACUGAUCGUUGAAAACAUGCACGAUGUGCCGUACUCUCUGAGCGUGGGCGCCGAGGUGAGCGCCUGCAUGACCGCCGUCUGCUGCAGCGUUAGGGCCGUCUGUCCGUCCCUGCCGAUAGGAGCGCAGAUCCUGACUGCAGCCAAUCAGCAGGCUCUGGCUGUGGCUCUGGCUUCAGGCCUGGACUUCAUCAGGGCUGAGGGCUUCGUCUUUGCUCACGUGGCAGACGAAGGCCUCCUGAACGCCGGCGCCGGGGAGUUACUGCGGUACCGCAAACAGAUCGGAGCUGAGCACGUGCAGAUCUUCACCGACAUCAAGAAGAAGCACAGCUCUCACGCCCUGACGUCAGACGUGAGCGUCGCAGAGACGGCGCGUGCUGCUGAGUUCUUCCUCUCAGACGACGUUUCCCAGUCUGUGGGAAUCCCCGUGCUGAUUGGCUCAGGAGUGACCUAUGACAAUGUCGAGAGCUACCUGGAUGCAAACGCGAUGAUAGUGGGCUCCCACUUUAAGCUGGGCGGGCACUGGGCCAACGAGGUGGACCCGCAGCAGGUGAAGAGGUUCAUGGGGAAAAUCCGGAAGCUCCGGCAGUGAGCGAGCCCCCACCAUAAAGACACGCAGACCGCAGCGUUAGAAAAUCUCAAAAACUUUAUUUUGCUUUUUUUAAACAUUUUAUAAAUACACACAAAUAAAAACAAAUUAAAAUCUCACAUUUGUGUCAAAUAAAAAGUAGAAAAGCAGCAGGAACGCUGCAAAGGUCAAGAGGUCAACUCAUCACACACUUUAACACGCAGAAGAAGAAGAGCGAAGCGACCGAGCACGAAGCUCUGACAUCAUCAACAUUAAUAUGAGCAGCGGCUGUUCGGCCGCGCGGCGCCCUGCUGAUAAUAAAGUUUACAGAAGAAUGAAAAA